GAACCGCCCUUUAUGGUGGUGGCGCUUCGGCCCCGCCCCUUCGUCCGCGUCCGCCCGAGGGGGCGGGGCCCGCUGUCGGCAUGGUGACCGCGUCAGGGCCCGAGGCAGCCCGAGGCCCAGGCGCCGCCGCCGCCGCCCCGGGGGAAGCCGCGGGGCCGAGUGCCUGAGAGAAUGAAGAUCAAUACAGACGAAAGCAGUGAGUCUGAGAACGAAACUGAUGAAGACGAAGAUGAGGAUGACGAAGGGGGCCUGUCAGAUGAGUCUGCCAAUGAAUGCCUUAAGAGGCUGGAUGCAGAAAACAAGGAGAAGCAGCGAACCCAGGGCCAAGGGAACAAAGGCAUCAGGCCACCAGGGCAGAAGAGUGACCAGCCGGGGGUCUCCCUGAUCGAUUUGGAGGAGCAACUGACAGAAGAAUGUGAGCUGGAAGAGACAAGAAGGAGGAAGAAGAAGAAACACAGGCUGCUGUCCAUCAACCUCGCCAGCUGCAAAUAUGAGAGUGUUAGGCGUGCUGCUCGACGCUGUGGUUUGAAAGAAGUGGGGGAGGACGAGGAGUGGACCGUUUGCUGGACUGACUGCUCGGUCUCCCUGGAGCGUGUCAUGGAAAUGAAGAGGUUUCAGAAAAUCAACCACUUCCCAGGCAUGGCAGAGAUCUGCCGCAAAGACCUGCUUGCCCGCAACCUCAACCGCAUGCUUAAGCUCUUUCCCAAGGAGUACAGCAUCUUCCCACGCACUUGGUGCCUGCCAGCUGACUAUGGGGACUUCCAAGCCUAUGGGCGCAUGAGAAAGAACAGGACUUACAUCUGCAAGCCAGAUAGCGGUUGCCAAGGACGGGGCAUCUUCAUCACACGCAAUCCCAAGGAGAUCAAGCAUGGCGAGCACAUGAUCUGCCAACAGUACAUUGCCAAGCCCUUCCUCAUUGAUGGCUUCAAGUUUGACAUGCGCAUCUACGUCCUGGUCACCUCCUGCGACCCACUGAAGAUCUUUGUCUAUGAGGAGGGGCUCGCCCGCUUUGCCACCAUGAGGUACAUCGAGCCCAGCAGCAGCAACCUGGAAGACAUAUGUAUGCACCUGACCAACUACGCCAUCAACAAGCAUAACGAGAAUUUUGUGCGUGAUGACAAUACAGGCAGCAAGAGGAAGCUGUCCACGCUGAACAGCUGGAUGCGGGAGCACAGCUAUGACACGGUUGAGCUGUGGCGGGACAUUGAGGACAUCAUCAUCAAGACCCUCAUUGCUGCCCACCCAGUGCUGAAGCACAAUUACCGCACCUGCUUCCCCAACCACAUAUCAGGCUGCGCUUGUUUUGAGAUCCUGGGCUUCGACAUCCUCCUGGACAGGAAGCUCAAGCCUUGGCUCUUGGAGGUCAACCACUCCCCCAGCUUCACCACUGACUCCCGCCUGGACCGUGAAGUGAAGGAUGCCCUGCUCUGCGAUGCCAUCAACCUUAUCAACCUGCGUGCUUGUGACAAGAAGAAGGUGCUAGAAGAGGACAAGCGGCGGGUGAAGGAGCGCCUCCUCCAGGCCCACCAGCCGCCUCGAGAAGCCAGGCGGGAGCAGUUGGAGAGCAGUCAGGCCGCCUGGUUGGCCCAGGCUGAGAAGUACGAGAGCAGCCACCUGGGUGGCUACCGAAAGAUCUACCCAUCGCGGGGCACAGAGAAGUACACCCCCUUCUUCAAGCACAGUGGAUCCCUCUUCCAAGAGACCGUGGCCUCCAAGGCCAGGGAAGAGUGUGCCAGGCAACAGCUGGAGGAGAUUCGCCAGAAGCAGGAGCAGAGGGAGAGCACAGCUGCGAAGAAGAAGAGGGACGUGAAGGAGAACUUGCAGGGGGAGUCAGCAGGGGAGAAGGGGAAGGGCAAGCCAGCCCUCACUCGCAUAGCCUACAGCCACAGCAAGACCUGGAACCCAAAGAUGUCCUCCAUACCAUAUGACAGCAUGACACCCCAGGCCAUUGUGGAGGAAGAGGAAGUGGAGAGAGUCAAAGCCCUCCUACGGAGGGAGAACCUUAUCCGAGGGCUGGGCAUCGUCGACCAGCUGACACGCCUGCUCCGCAACACGGAACCCAAGCCUGUGGAGAUCCAGAGGCCACACAUUAACAUCUCAGAAAGCCAGCCUCACUUUCUCCAGGAUCUGUUUAAUAACCGAGAGCCCCAGAAUCUGAUGACCCUCGUCCCCCUCUCCCUCCUAGGGGGCUCCGUCCAGGAGCUGGGCCAGCAGAUCAUGCAGCAGCAGCCCACAACCCGUGUCCAACUACUGGGAAACCAAGGCUUCAUCCCAACCAUUUUGGGUGCCCUGUCGGGCCUGGGGCCAUCUUCCCAUGAGUCCUACUCCACACACUUCAAGCCGCAGCUCCACAUCCAGCCCCCCAAGAACAUGAGCUGGUUGGGUGCGGCCAUGGUGGGCGAGCCGGGUUCUCUGGCCCGGAUGCUGAAGGCAGGAGGGCGCCGGUUUGGCAGCGCCAAGAACAAGCUGGAAGUCGGCAGCUCUGCAAACAAGCAGCCCCUGUACAUGAGGUCCGGUUCCCUGGGCUGCCUGUCGCACGGUGGCAAAGCUACCAGCCACAUGUACAGCAGCUUUCCCUUCCCCUCUGCGGCAGCUCCGCUAAACCGCACUGAUCUGCACGGACUGGCCAUCAAUUCUGCGUCUGCCCCGCUCAUCCGGCGCACCAGCCCACACCGCUCCAGCAACAUGGCCACUCUGCAUCUCAACCAGCCCAGGAAAGGCACUUGACUUGACCUCUUGGCGGAACAGCAAUCCAGGAGCCAGAAGAGCUGGGGGACUUUGCUGCUGCGGCCUGUGCCAAGAGGAGCAGUAGAGGAGGUGAAGCCCCUGCCCUGUGGAGGCAGUGGCAGCAGCAGCAGCAGCAGUAGC